AUGUUAUUAGCCGAUCAAAUAUGUUAUUCGGUAUUAUGUGUCUUCUCUUAUGUGGCGGCUGGUCAAGAUCAAAUUCAAAAGAAGAAUCCUGUUGUUAUAACGCCACAAAUACAAGAUAUUCAUGCCCAACAAAAACAACAACAUGCUCAACAGCAUCAUCAUACGCAGCAGCAGCCACAACAACAACAGCAUCAACAACAACCUCAUUCAAAUGCCUCAUCUACAGCCCAUUCAUCAAAAACUGCACAUUUACCCUCACAGCAACAAAAUAACCAUAAAAAUCAGACUAUUACCAUACGUCACACUCAGCCAAUGCAAAAACCAACAAUAACCACUUCAACUGUACAGCCACAAUCGAAAUUAGUACAUACAAAUGCUAAAACUCAUACAACCGCCACCAUGGCCACUUCUCAGUCUCAAAUGCAGCAACAGCAGCAGCAGCAUCAUCAUCAACAACAGCAGCAGCAUCAUCAUCAACAACAGCAGCAGCAUCAUCAUCAGCAUCAUCACCAACAACAGCAGCAAACUCAAGCUCAACACCAUCAGCCAAAACCCAAAUCUCCCAUACAACAGCCAACAUCACCACAUCCACCUUUAGGUCCUCGUUCUAGCACUGGCAGCCAGUCGGGACCUCUACCACAAUUGCCACCUCGCAUACCCUCGCAAACUUCAACAGAAAGUUUGGCAACCUCGCCUACUCCCUCCACCGGAUCUCAGGGACGUAUUAGAGGACCUCCACCCGGGCCACCGCCCGCCAUACCGCCACGUACUGGUGCUAUAGCCAGAAGUGGUUCUGUGCAGCAGCAAACCAUACCACAACAGCGAACAUUUAAACGUCAAAUCUCAGCUAACUCAACACCACCCCAAUACACACCACAACCACCACCAGCAUUUGUUAUACCCAAACGUCAUACUCCCAUUUCAAGGGCAUCGUCUGUGGCCACAUCAAGUCUCAGCGCUGCAAACACUGCCUAUUUACAGCACCACACCUCCACAACAACCGCAACCACGGCAGCAAAUACCGGCACCGCAUUACCCUCUCCCUACAAUACCCAACAAAAGCGACCCUCAUAUGGCAGCGUCAGCUUAAGUUCAUCACAAUCCUCCUCCUCGCCCAAUUCGAAUGCCGGUAGCAGCUCCACAUCGCCUCAGGCCCAUCGCAAACACUGA